UUUGGUUACUCUAGCCCCAUACAUGUACACAUACCCAUGUCUAUCACGUCCAUUACUCAUAUUUUUUUGGCUAGUUGCCUCUGGUUUUAGGGUUUUUCCCGGUCUUGUCCCCCUCAUCUUGAGGGUUUGCUUUGUUUGGGCAUAAAAUCAUCUGCCGCCACUGUAUUGGUAUAGUGAGCAUCAGGUGGCUGAAACCCUUUGCGGUAUAUGCACGGAUGCUCACCCUAAGCAUCUUGAACCUCCUUUUUUGUCCCCUCCAUCCUUCGCAUUUGUUUUUUACUCUUGAUAAUGAAUUCAUUCAUUCAUAAAAGAAAAGGAAAAUGUCUGUUCCCGUUGGAAGAUCAACGACAAUUUAUCUCAAGAUAACAAUCCUACACCUCCGCAGGAAGGGUAUUUAUUUCUAGGGUUCUGGAAAGGUUUAGCUGCUUAGUCUCAUGAGCCGGAGAUAUGUACGCGCGUAAUAUCAUCUUUCCAAUCCCCAAAUCUGUGAAAGCAACCGUCUCCAAUGAUGGAAUUUACAUAGCGAAUCUCUCAUGUAACCUUCGAUUUCAUGUAAAAAACUUUAAUCCCGCCAAAUCUUCUUCUACAUUUGGUUUAUCUAUUCGCCGUCUCCAAUUUUCUGAUACUCUUAGACGAGCUUCCGCAAUUGAACAUUGCGGAAACUCCAAUGACGAAUCGUUCAUCGAAGCACAAGAGGCUGUUUCGGAGAUUAUCCAAGAAGCUGGCUUGUCGAAAGAAGAGUCGGUUGAGAUUGCUUUGAAUUCGCCCAAUUAUGUUAAAAUGUUAAUGGAUAGUGUGCGUGAUUUGGAUGAGCAUUCGCUUUGGGAGUCCUGGAGAAUUGAGAAUGAAGACGUGGGUAGCCUUCCUUUUAAGAGGAAGGUAUUUUACAUGGCCAAGAGGAAAGGCGAUAAUGGUUUACUUCCCUUCUUGGAGAGCAUUGGUCUGAACCCUUCAUCUUCGACGUAUGUCGCUCGGUAUCUAUCAAGGGAGAUGCUACCGAAUCUCAUUCUUAAGGUUAAAUAUGUGAAGGAAAUGUUCUUCUCUGGCAGUGACGAUGAAGAUUUCAUUGGGAAGAAUGCACGCCGUAUGAUGAUGCACUUAUCAAUUGCUACUGAUGAGGAUAUCCAGCAGACCUUAUCAUUUUUUGAAAAGAUGGAAGCUAGGCGUGGGGGUCUAAACUUGUUGGGCUCCAAAGAUGCCUCUUUCAGAUACCUCAUUGAAUCGUUUCCGCGCCUUCUUUUGCUAUCAGUAGAAUCCCAUCUGAAACCCUUGGUUGAAUUUCUUGAGGAUGUUGGUGUUCCCAAAGAACGCAUUAGAGUGGUACUUCUAUUAUUUCCUCCAAUUAUUUUCUAUGACAUUGAGAAGGACAUUACUUCGAGAGUACAGUCUCUUGAAAAGGUUGGUGUAGCAAACAAAGAUAUUGGUAGGAUGCUGCUAAAAUAUCCAUGGAUGUUGUCAACAUGCAUUCUAGAAAACUUAGAGGAGAUUCUUUCUUACCUUGAUAUGGAAAAGGUACCAAAAGCACAUGUGGAGAAAGCAGUCAAAAGUUGGCCACAUCUAUUGGGAUGCUCAACAAGCAAAAUAAAAUAUAUGGUGGAACAAUUUGAGGGAUUGGGUGUUAAACAGCAGAAGUUGGGUCAGGUUAUUGCUUCAAGCCCUCAGCUGCUACUACGAAAACCUCAUGAGUUUCUCGAGGUUAGCCAUUGUGCUUUUCUUCAUAUGUUCACUAACACUUGAAGCUCCAUAUUUGAU